AUGCUGGAGAAAGGAGAGUAUCCCGACUUCCAACGCUGGAACGCCCACAAUGAUCACAUGGGCUCCUGCAAGCCAAUCAAAAUGCAUGGGCAGCACUACAGGAUGGAGCUCUUUGAAAGUCAAAACUUCACCGGUCAGUGUGUUGAACUGUGUGAAGACUGUCCUUUCCUCCAGAGCACUGGAUUCAGCAAGAACAGCCUUAACGCCAUUAAAGUCUAUGGAGAUGGAGCAUGGGUCAUGUAUGAGGAGCCAAACUACCGCGGACGCAUGUACAUUGUGGAGAGAGGAAACUACGGCUCUUUUAUGGACUGGCAAGCUGAAAAUCCCAACAUUCAGUCUAUUUGCCGUGUGAUCAACUCUUCCUAA